AUGAAUGCCAGCUAUGACCGUCCUGAGCGGUCCCGGGGCACGCCCCUCACCCGCAUGCUCAUGAACGGCGAGGUGUCGAUGGAAAAGCAGCUCGACCUGACAUCACGAGAAAAGUUUGACCGCUGGAUGAUUAAUGAAGGGUAUCGAAGAUUCUUCGUCUUCGUAUUUGUCCUUGCCCACGGGCUCAUCUUUGCCUUUGGCUGCGUGCACUACGGCCUCAAGGACUCUCUCGCGGGCCCGCGCAGCAUCUUUGGCUUCACCUUUACCGUGGCGCGCGCGUCGGCGCUUGUCCUGCACGUCGACGUCGGCAUCGUGCUCUUCCCCGUGUGCCGCACGCUCAUCUCGCUGCUGCGGCAGACGCCCCUCAACGGCGUGGUCCAGUUUGACAAGAACAUUACCUUUCACAUCACCACGGCCUGGUCCAUUGUGUUUUGGUCGUGGGUGCACACCAUUGCGCACUGGAACAACUUUGCGCAGGUGGCGGCCAAGAACAACCUCGGCUUCUACGGCUGGCUGCUCGCCAACUUCGCCUCGGGCCCCGGCUGGACCGGCUACGUGAUGCUGCUCGCGCUCAUGGGCAUGGUGGUGACGUCGGUCGAGAAGCCGCGGCGCGCAAACUAUGAGCGCUUCUGGUACACGCACCACAUGUUCAUCGUCUUCUUCUUCUUUUGGUCGCUGCACGGCGCCUUUUGCAUGAUUCAGCCCGACGUGGCGCCCUUUUGCACCAGCAUCGGCGCCUCGGCCAUUGGCGUCUUUUGGCAGUUUUGGAUGUACAGCGGCUUCUGCUACCUGGCCGAGCGCGUCGCGCGCGAGAUUCGCGGCCGCCACAAGACGUACAUUUCCAAAGUGAUUCAGCACCCGAGCCAGGUGUGCGAGAUUCAGAUUAAAAAGGAGCACACAAAGACGCGCGCGGGCCAGUAUAUAUUCUUUUGCUGCCCGGCCGUCUCGCUGUGGCAGUACCACCCGUUUACGCUGACGAGCGCGCCCGAGGAGGACUACAUCAGCAUACACAUGCGCUGCCAGGGCGACUUUACCAUGGCCGUGUCGGCGGCACUCGGCUGCGAAUGGGGUAAAAAGGGCGGCGGCGACGAGGCGAGCAAGGUGGUGGGCGUCGAGGGGGCCGCCGUGGGGGACCCGUCGACCAACAACGGCGUCGAUCCGGCCCUGCGCCGCGUGCUGCCGCGCGUCUACAUUGACGGGCCCUUUGGCUCGGCGUCUGAAGACGUCUUCAAGUACGAAGUGUCGGUGCUCGUCGGCGCGGGCAUCGGCGUCACGCCCUUUGCCUCGAUCCUCAAGUCCAUCUGGUACCGCAUGAACUACCCGCAGCAAAAGACGCGCCUGUCCAAGGUGUACUUUUUCUGGAUCUGCCGCGACUUUGGCUCGUUUGAGUGGUUCCGCUCGCUGCUCAUGGCCGUCGAGGCCCAAGACGUCGAGCACCGCAUCGAGAUUCACACCUACCUCACGGCCAAGAUUAAGAGCGACGACGCGACCAACAUCAUGAUCAACGACGCCGACGCAGAGGCGGACGCCAUUACGGGCCUGCGCAGCCCGACAAACUUUGGCCGCCCCAACUGGGACAUGAUCUUCAAGGGCAUCCGCAAGCUGCACGCGCCGGGCGAGACGGGCGUCUUCUUUUGCGGGCCAAAGGGCCUGGGCAGCUCCUUGCACGUGUACUGCAACAAGUAUUCCGAACCUGGAUUUUCGUUUGUCUGGGGUAAAGAAAACUUUUAA